AGCGGUCGUGCAUUGCAUCAAGUUUGCUUUCCCGAAAUUCAGGCUGCUGGCACCGGAUGCCGACCCACUCCCAACGCCAGUACCUCCAUAUUCGGAGCUGAUAUUCCCGUGAACCACCCACUAAGAAACCUCCUAGACGCCUCCCUCAGUUCCAUCCUCCAGGCAGUCUCCCCCAGGACCCUUCAAUCCUAUUUAACUGCUUGGAACAGUUUUAAAAAUUUUCACAAUUUCUUCAAUCUGCCUUUUCCUGAUUUUUCCCUGUUCACCAUCACCUCGUUCAUCUCCUAUCUCAACGCCAACAAAAACCUCCAGGCUAGCUCCAUCAAAGGCUACCUUAGCGGAGUACAAUUUUUCCACAAACUCACGUUCGGCUCACCCUCGCCAGGAAUAGCCAGCUCUCAGACAUCCAUGCUCAUUAAAGGCAUCCAAAGAGCCCAACCCAACCGCCCAGACCCUAGACAGCCAAUAACUCUGGAGAUCUUAACCAAAUGCAUCUCCACCCUCCGCAGAGGCUACCAUUCUAUCCACACCGCCCGCACGCUCGAUGCCAUGUUCAUAUUGGCCUUCUUCGGUUUCCUCAGAUGCUUGGAACUCACCAUCACAUCCAACUUCAAUCCAAAAAACCACCCAACCUUUUCAGACCUAUCAGUGCUAGACACCGAAGCAAUCUCUUAUUUCAUCAAGCAAAGCAAGACAGACCAAGCGAGAAGAGGCCACGUCGUUUACAUCUUCAAUCUCCAGUCGCCAAUCCAACCUUACCAAACCCUCUUAGCCUACCUGCAUUACAGGAGCCCGCAGGCCAAACUCCCAUCUGACCCGCUUUUCGUCGACGACUCCGACCGUCCUGCCACACGUUUCUGGUUCCAAAAACACCUCAAAUCCGUCCUACUGCUUUCCGGCAUCCCAGCAGGCCAUUACUCCAGCCACUCCUUCCGUAUAGGCGCAGCAACCACAGCCGCCCAAAAAGGCCUCUCCCAGCCUCAGAUCCAAGCACUCGGCCGCUGGACGUCAGAGGCUUUCAAGACCUACAUUCGUUCAGACCGCUUCCACAUCAGAGAAGCACAACGAACCCUCCUUUCCUUUCAGAUGCCGCAGCAGUGA